AUGUUCAAAUACGCCGUCGUUCUCUUCGCUCUGAUCGCUUGCGCCGCCGCCAAGCCCGGUCUGCUUGCUGCCGCUCCAUUGACCUAUGCUGCUCCCGCCGCCGUCGUUGCUGCUCCAGCCCCAGUGGUGACUGCCACCAGCAGCCAGGUGAUCGCUCGCAACUACAAUGGCAUCUCCGCUGCUCCAAUUGUCGCCGCCGCUCCCGUGGCCGCCCCUCUGGUUGCGCGUUAUGCUGCUGCCCCAGUUGUAGCCCGUUACGCGGCUGCUGCUCCUCUCGCCGCUCCUCUAGCUGCCCACUAUGCCGCUGCUCCACUCUUGUGCAAACCCAAAAUGUUCAAAUACGCUGUUGUUGUCUUCGCCCUCAUCGCCUGCGCCGCCGCCAAGCCCGGUCUGCUUGCUGCCGCUCCUUUGGCCUACGCCGCUCCCGCCGCUGUGGUUGCUGCCCCAGCUCCAGUGGUGACUGCCACCAGCAGCCAGGUGAUCGCUCGUAACUACAAUGGAAUCGCCGCUGCUCCGGUUGUUGCUGCCGCACCCGUAGCCGCUCCUGUUGUUGCUCGCUAUGCCGCAGCUCCAGUAGCCGCCCCUGUUGUAGCCGCUCCAGCUCCCGUUGUUGCCGCUCCAGCUCCAGUCGUCACCGCCACCAGCAGCCAGGUGAUCGCUCGCAACUACAAUGGAAUCGCCGCUGCUCCGGUUGUUGCCGCCGCUCCAGUUGUUGCUCGUUAUGCAGCUGCCGCUCCUUUGGUUGCGUCUCAUUAUGCCGCAGCUCCACUUGCCUCUUCCCUCCUUUGGUAA